AUGGUUCUCGCAACACUCUUCUCCGACCGAGCGAGCCAGGUGUCUUCUGCUCUCAUCCUCUCUGGUAUCGCAGCAGCAGCCUUCUGGUACCAGCAAAAGCAGAAGAGUACUGAGACCAAGCCAACGUCCGUCAAUUUCCACUUCACGCGCAAAUGCAACAAGACCUGUGUCUUCUGCUUUCACACCGAGAAGACAAGCCAUGUCGCCAGCGAGGAAGACAUGAAGAGAGGCCUUAAGCUCCUGAAAGAAGCGGGGAUGCGAAAGAUCAACUUCGCAGGAGGCGAGCCAUUUCUCUAUCCCAAGCUGCUAUCCAUGCUGUGCCAGUAUUGUAAAGAAGACCUCAAGCUCGAGUCGGUAUCCAUCAUCUCCAACGGCACCAAGAUCACCCAGAAUUGGCUGCAGAAGAAUGCCAAGUACAUCGACGUACUCGGGGUCAGCUGCGACUCUUUCGACGAGGAAACCAACAUCCAAAUCGGCCGCGGCACGGGCGAAAAUGUCAAGAUGCUGUUCCAGAUCCGCAAGUGGUGCGAAGAGUACAACAUCAAAUUCAAGCUGAACACAGUGGUACUCCGCUGGAACUGGCAGGAAGACAUGGCCGGAACAAUCGAGCAGCUCAGACCGUUCCGCUGGAAAGUCUUCCAAGUCCUGCCUGUAGGAGGUGAGAACGACGCAUCAAAAGCGGAGACAGAGUUGGACAAGCGCAAGCGGAAUGUCAAAGACGUUCUGAUCACGGAUGAGCAGUUUGCUUCUUUCUGCGAGCGCCAUAAGCACCUUGACUGCUUCGUUCCAGAGUCGAAUGACUUGAUGGCGUCAAGCUAUUUGAUCGUGGACGAGUACCUUCGCUUUCUGGAUAAGGGGAGUGGGGACGAGAAAGCAUCUUCCAGUAUUUUGGACGUCGGGGUGAAGAAGGCUUUGUCAGAAGUGACUUGGGACCAGAAGGCGUAUAUGGAGCGAGGGGGAAUGUAUGACUGGUCCAAGGAGAUCGGGGGCGGCGAGGAGGAGGGAUGUAGCGGUGGCAUACCGAAGGACCUCGAGUGGUGA